AAGUUGGGGGAAGAUGGGAACAGCUUUCUCUUUCGACAAAUUUGGCGCGUUAGCGACACCUAUUAGGCGCAAGAGAAAAAGAGAAGAAGAUGACAUAAAUAAUUCGAGCGUAAAUAAUGACCUGGAUUUAGAGACACCAAAGCGGAAGCGGACCAAGAGCACUUCCAAGUACAUUUAUCAGACUCUGUUCCUUGAAGGACAAGGUAGUGAUGUGACCAUUGUGGCUCUGGGGAAGGAGUGGCAUCUUCAUAAAGUCUACCUCUGCCAGUGUGCCUAUUUCUCCAGCAUGUUUUGUGGGUCAUGGACAGAGUCAUCACUGAAAACCAUCACUGUCAGCAUCCCUGAUGAGAACAUUGAUGAAGAUGCUUUGAAGAUAACAUUUGGAUCCCUAUACACGGAUACAGUGUUCAUCAAACCUGUCAACGUCACUCGGGUUUUGGCUGCGGCUAACUUAUUUCAGUUGGAAGGCCUUAUUCAACAGUGUGCUCUCAUGAUGAAAGAAAACAUCAGUGGCGUAACAGUGUGUGGAUAUUACUCUUCUGCUCACACCUACGGACUGGAGACAGUGAAGAAGCAGUGUGUCUCUUGGCUGGAGAAAAACCUUCUCCGUUCUCAGAGUGCUGAACUGCUACAAGAAAUCAGUCGUGACCUAAUGACUGUCCUGGUGGCCUCUGAAUGGCUGCUUGUUAUACAGGUGGAAAUGAAUAUCUAUACGAUGUUAAAAAGGUGGAUGUUUUUACAGUUGAACUCUGAUUGGAAGGGUGAUCUUAGUGCUUUGGACAAUGCUUGUUUUGAAUUUUACUCCAACAUCACAGAGGGUACUGUGGAGUUUCUUGAGAAGAGUGCUGGUCGCCGAUUCAUCCGUGUAUUUAGUGCUAUUAGAUGGCAGCAUGUUGUCUGUGAUAUCACAUCACUACACAUGAUACAACAAGACAGAAUAGUGCCAUUAGAGUGGCUGAGACCAGUGAUUCAGUACCAGUGGUUACACAUGCUCCAGGUGGAUCAGGGACAUGAUACAGGCCCAACAGAGGAGAUGGUGUCAGAAACUGCAUUCAGAGAGUUGUGUGUGCGCUGUGGUCGGGUGCUGGAGAAAGAAGGGCAGUUCUUCUGGAGGUGGACAGGGUACAACUUUGGUUUAGAUCUUAUACUCUCCUACUCGCAUGGUGUAAUAGGUAUGAAGAGGAACACAAUGAGUGAGGGCUGUCCUAAUGCAGUCAGUCUUCAGGACUACAGGAAAGUCUUCUACAGGUUGACUGUCCUCAGUCUCGAUGAAAUGGGCCGAACCAAAAACAUGCAAAGUACGGGUAUCCAGCAUACAUUGCUGGCCAAAGAUGAGGAGAAGGUGAUCAUGGUGUGUAGUAAGGACCUGAAGUUCCCUCUUCACAUAAACCUCAACUUGAUGUUUGCCACACCCAUGCAGGACCUGCCCAAGCCCGUGCUCUGUCCCCCAGAACCCUGGCACUGUGACGUGGAGAAACAAGACGUCGCAUUGCAAGUGGAAGCCUCAGAUCUUUUGUCAGAAAUUGAAAGUGAAACUGAAGGUGUUUCCCUAUGCAGAUAUCGGUACAUCCAGCCUACAAGUAUGUCUCCUGUGAAGCUGUCCAGAGAGACACAAACACACAGGACUAAGACUGUUCAUUGGUCCUCUUCAGACCCUGUGAUAUCUGGCAAGGUGCUGAACACAAGUAUUAACAAAUUUACAGACAGAUCACCUGUAAAUACUCAUUGUUCCAGAAGUGAAAGUACAACGGCUGAUGUGAUCUCUGAUAGCGAUGAAGAGAGCAGAACUGAGUUGACCAGAUCAGGUCAGGACUGGAGUAGUACAUUUGAAAGCCAGACCAGUGGUACUGAUAGUUCCACAAUUGCAAGUACUAGCCAUUGCCCUCCCAGCACAAGUCACUGCCUUGCCAGGUCAAGCCUUAGUCUAAGCAGAAGUCAUAAUCAGGCUAGUCCAAGUCAUUAAGAUUGAUAUUCACCCCUGACUGCCUUUGCAGUAACUCAUGUUAAAAACCUGUAUUUUAUAUACAUCUAUGUACAUCACAUAACCUCCUAAUUUAUAUGAACAGCGUGUUUUUUUUUUUGCUUACCAGUACUUCAAUCACAAGGUGUUCCUUUUCAAAAUGUGUUAAUUUUAAAAUAAGCCUCUCUUGUUUUUGUCCCAAUACAUAAACUAAAGAAGAGUGGAGACAAGAAAAACCAGAAAUGGUGAUCAGCAGUAGAAAGUAUAGAGCCAUUGAUACCCAGAGUUUUAUGACUGACAUAGUUUAUUUAUACUAACUUGUCCUUAUGCAGGAGUGCGUUACUCAAGCCUGUGACAUCAGAGCACUGCUCAUCUGUAUAGAGAACACACUGAUGCACUGAGGUUGACCUCCUUCUAUGUUAUGGGGCAGGGGUAUUGACUACAUGGUUUUCAGCAGCCCUUUGUUCAGCUGAUAAGGCUUUUGAUUUAUGAGAGAGUGAACUAUUGUUUUAUUAGGUGGAGGAAAAAAAAUUAGCGAAGUAAAUAGUUUAAAACAUGAAUAAACUAACAUAAAACAUCACAAAAUUACAUUUUUUACCAGAAUUUUUUUUUGUUAUUAUUUUCUGUGAAGAUUGUCCACACAUAAAGUUAGUUACAUGUGAGCGGUUGUUGAUGUUCUUGUACCCAGUUCCUGAAGGUCUGAAUUCAUUCUUUAUUAUCGUGUAUUAUAAAAUCUUAUGGGUUGUACCUUGUUGCAUGUUUUGUGUAUUUUUAAAGGGAUCACCUUGUGGUUGGUUGUAAUGGGUAAUGGUUGUUGUUUAGGUUUUGUCCACAGCUUGUCACAUGCUCGGUAUAUUUUAUUUUAUGGAAGAGGAUAAGAUCUCUAAAUCUCUUGGUUUUGAAUGACUAAUUUAUACUCAAAACACACACUUAAUAUGUUUAAUCUAGCAUGUUAAUGAAUUAUUUAUUCCAAGAAUCAAAUUACAAAGGGAUAAAGGACCUCUUGAAACUAGAUGGGAAAUCAUCUAAUCUCUCAGGUUGAUUGCCAAACUGCUCACAGUGACAAAUUGAGAAAUGACACAAGGGCUUUCCCAGUAUGAGUUAUGUAAUAGAUGUUGCCGAUGGAAUGGACCAAGCUAAAAUAUUUGUUGCUAAUCAUCAGCCUACUUUAUGCCGUCAGAUGCAUGGCACAUUAUCCUUUUCCAUCUAAUGUUGGUAUCUGAAACGAAGUUUUGUCUUAUGACUGAUACUGUGGAUACAUGACGGUGUCUUUGACAUACAUGUAUUACGAAGCUAAAAUGAUAAGCAGGUGCCCCCUUGGUCAGUGUAAUUGUAUGAUAUCCUGUUAACUGAAGUAAAUACCAUUGAGCUUUCAUUAGAAGAAUACUGUAUAUAAUUUGUAUAGAUGUACAGUAAUAUAUUUAAACUUACCGGUAUCUAACACAUACCUUGACAAUAUUUAAAGAAAUACAAAAAAAGAAUUUUUGGUGUGGUUCAAAUUCACCCCACAAUCCUCCUUUACCUGGCUUUGUUAAACACUAAAAAAAAGUAUGCAGGUAUAGGAUUCAAACUCGUUAUCCUAAACGACAUAGCGUUUUCAAGGCAUGCAUGUUACCACUGGACCAAUGGGGACAAUGAGUUAACAGCCAUGAAAUAUUAUGGUGAAUGUAAAGUUCAUCUGAACUUCCAAAUUAUUUAAUUUUUUUUUUUAUUUAUAAAAUUAUGAUUACGUUGAACCAACACAAUAUUUCGUGUUAGCUUACAGCUCCCUGACUAGUCACCAAAUAUGUGAAAAUCAUUUUGGUUCAUGUUACCAUAUUUUUAUCAUGAAGGGAAUUUCCUCAGGAAAACGCCUUAGAAUAGCAAAAUCUACUUUUGAUCCUAUUUUUUAUGAAACAAAAAGUAAAAAUCGCAUCAUGCCAAUUUUUCACACACAUCCUUCAGUAAUUGUGCGUCAUAUUCAAGUAUUCACUCCUUUCUUUUUUUGCAUGAGGAAGAAAUACACCUCACUGUUUCAUGGAAGUGGGAUAAUUUCCCAGCGAGUUUUAAGGGGCCCUUUAUCUGUAUAGCGAAGACAACGACAGUAGUGGAUUCUUUAUCGUGUCAGUCGAAAUCAUAUCUGUUGAUACAGAUGGACUUUCAUUGUGAUUAUACACAAGUUAAGUUUUGUCAAAUUCAGUUCAUGCAUCAUCAUUUUCCAUUGCAACUGAAGAAGUUAAUUGUAAAACUCAACAUUCAACAGCCUCACUGAUCUUAGUCAAGGGAUUACUGAAGCUGUGCUGAAGACCUAGCUCAAGCUUUUGAUCAGUGAAGUCAUGGUCAGCUGUGAAUGUACACCAGGAGAUUUCAAAAGAGUCUUGCCAGCUGUGAUGGUUACUUUGCCAGAUGUGGUGGCCACCUUGCCAUGUGUCGUGGUUACUUUGCCACGUGUGGUGAUCACCUUAUGUGUAGUGGUCACCUUGCUAGGUGUGGUGAUCACCUUAUGUGUGAUGGUUACUUUGCCAGGUGUGGUGAUCACCUUAUGUAUAGUGGUUACUGUGCCAGGUGCAGUGCCGCUUGGAGUAUAACAUACUUGUAUGGGGAUGGUUUCACCACCCCAUACUUACACACUUAGAAGCUGUAUCUGGGUGGGAAGGGCUUUGUAUGGGUUAGCUUAUGCUCGGCAAUAUCUGCACUCAAAAUUCAUAUUUGGUAACUUAGCAGGUAUACAAACACUAUAAUUUCAAUAUAACUACAAGAAUUUUGUAUUAAAAAAAUUACAGGUGUAAGGAUAACAGGAAUAGCCACAUGUAUAUUUCCUAUUUAUAUAAAAAAUGCAAUGGUUAAAAAAUACAUAUGGUUUAAACAAUGUUCAUGAUAUUAAAGUCACAUGAAAUAACAACAAUUGUGUUGGUUUUUUUCUCUACAUGUAACAGGUGCUCUUCAUAUAUCCAGGCAGGAGGGACUUGGUGGAUAAGAUCGUCUUUCAAUGACUAGGAUGCAACGCUGUAUCCCAGCCAUGGGUGGGGGAAAACAUAAAAAUUCAAAAAGUCUCACUGAAGAACAAGACGCUAAAAUACACGCAAACUAUAAGGUCAUAUCUACUUGGGAUUUCUCCACUCUCUAUACUACUCCUCACACAGAUUUAAUUGAUAGAAUUUCAUCCCUAAUUGUUUCAGGGUUAAAUAAAACUGGUCAAUGUCGAAGACAACAAAACCUUCUUCAGUUCAACUACAUAUAAGGGUUACCAUUCAUCGGAUGUUUCCAUGUUCACUUAUUUGCUUGAAUUUCUCAAUAAUAACAUCAAUGUGAAACUGAGGGAAAUAUCAGCAGUGUAUAAGUGUUCUCAUGGUUACAAAUUGUGCCCCCCUUUUAGCCCACCUAUACUUGUUCUCAUAUGAAUACGACUAUAUGCAGAAACUAUUAAGGAGUAAUCCUCACCAGAUCCCGAUCUUUCUCAUUCACUGAAUGGUUUAUUGAUCAUCUGCUGGCUUUAAACUUUCAUGUUUACCAAAGGCUGUGAAAGAUAUUUACCCACCUUUGCUGGAUUUAAAGGAAACCGCGGAUUCUCCAGAUGGUACAUCUUAUCUGGACCUAUAUUUGUACAAAGACCAA